AUGUAUGGAGCUUGCGGCUGCGUGGAGGAGGCCAAGGCUGUGUUCGAGGGGAUUCACGGGAGGAACGUUUUCUCGUGGAAUCUCAUGCUUCUGGCAUAUGCCCAGAAUGGGUAUUUUCUGGGUGGAAGAAAAGCAUUCGACCAGAUGCCCAGCUGGGACGUUGUCUCUUGGAGCACUUUGGUGACGUUUUUCUGCCAAACAGGUGACAUUCAUUCAGCAAAGAAUGCAUUCGAUUGCAUGCCUCAGAGAGAACUUUUGUCGUGGAACACUUUACUUGCAGCAAAUGCCAGAAAUGGGCAAAUACACGACGUGCAAGGGAUGUUUGUUCGAAUGCCCGCGCACAGCCUAGCUUCGUGGAACUCAAUAAUCACUCUCGUCUCGGACAGCACGAACGCUAACUAUGCAAGCUAUAUAUUUGCGGCAAUGCCCAGUCGAGACGAGAUUUCCUGGAAUUCUAUGCUUUCUGUAUAUACCCAAGCCGGGCAUAUGGACUCGGCAAAAGCGCUCUUUGAUUUUUUCCCUGCAUGGAACUUGAGGGCUUGGAACGCGAUGAUCACAGCUUACGCUCAGAUUCCUGCUUGCUCCCAGGACUCGAGACUGACCUUUGAGAGCAGUCCGCAGCGAGACUCUGUGUCGUGGAACGGAUUGAUCCGAGCUCUUGCAGACGAUCACGUUGCUCGGCAGGCCGUGUUUGAUGCAAUGCCACAGCGAGACGUUGUUUCGUGGACCUCCAUGGUCCAGGCGAGCUUGGAUCAAGGCUUGUUUGAUCCUGCUAGAGAGCUCUUUGAUGCUAUGCCUUCCAAGAAUGUUGUGACUUGGACGAUGGUAGUCACAGCGUUUGCGGAGUGGAGCAGCGAGCUUCUGGAUCGAGCGGAGUGGAUCUUCCACCGGAUGCCGCAGCACAACUUAGUGACUUGGAAUGUGAUGCUCUCGGGUUUCGCACAGAACGGGAAAGUUGACAAUGCCAAGCUCAUGUUUGAGAGCCUUCCAGCGAGAGAUACUGUUUCGUGGAACACGAUGAUGAGCUCGUACAGUGCCACCGGUGGGUUUCUGGAGGAAUCGAGGGACUUGUUCUUCCGGAUUCCUCGCAGGGAUUUAGUUUCUUGGAACUCGAUGCUUGUGGCUCUCGUCUUAAACGAUGAUCUUGCUGGUUCGAGGACGGUGUUUGAUUUGAUGCCUCGAAGAGAUGUCGUGAGCUGGAAGAUCUUGAUCCAGGGUUAUGCUCAAGAGGGCGAUAUGGAUCGAGCGAGAGGCUUGUUGGAGAGCGGGAUUUAUGCUCUUGGUUCAUCAUCCAGUGGACUGAUUUGGUCGAUCUUGCUUCGAGGAUACAGCUCCAAUGGCUUGAGUAUAGAGGCGUUCGAGCUCUUGAAGAGGAUGGACCUGGAAGGUGUCAAGCUCAUUAGCAGUUCUUACACUGCUCUUCUCGACGCUUGCUCGGGCCCCGAGUUCUUGGAACUCGGCAAAGAAACUCAUGCUAGAGUUUUGUUCUCGGGACUCGACAAAGAUCCCUGCGUGGUGAGCUCGCUCAUCGUCAUGUACGGGAAGUGUGGAAGCUUGCAUGACGCGGUGACGACGUACAGCCGGCUUGAUCGACCAGACGUGGUUUGCUCCAACUCGAUGAUCACAGCUUACAUCCACAAUAGUCGCAUGGCAGAAGCUCAGGGCGUCGUCGAGAGUAUGGUUGAUCCGAGCGUGGAGAGUUGGAACAUACUCCUCCACGGCUAUGGCCAGAACAGAAAUCUCGAAGAGGCAAAGCUUUUGUUCGACAAGCUUCACGAGCGUGAUGCUAUGUCGUGGAGCUCGAUCUUGUGUGCGUACGUAGCAGCCGGUCUUGGAGCCGAGGCUUUGAUGACCUUCCGAGAGAUGGACUUGGAAGGCUUCAGGCCUAGCACGAAAUGCUUGGUCGCUGUUCUAGACGCCUGUGGCUCUCUCCUGGGUGAUUUUGCUCACUGCAAGAUCGUCCACUCGAGCAUAGCCGAGGCUGGAUUGGAUCGGCUCAAGGGCGUGGAGACCUCGAUCAUCAGCAUGUACUCAAGGUGUGGAAGCCUGCGAGUUGCGAGAGAGAUCUUUGACAAGCGCCCUCAAGAGCUUCGAGCUCGCUGGAGCUCGAUGAUCGCCGGCUACGCUCAAAACGGCCAUGCGCGCGAAGCUCUCGAUCUAUUCAGGCAAAUGCUGCUCGACGGAGUGGAGCCAAACUCGAUCACGCUCGUCUCGAUCAUCUCCGCGUGUAGCCACACCGGAGCUCUGGGAGAUGGUCUCCGCUGCUUCGGAAGCUUGAGGCAAGACUUCAACAUCGUUGCCUCGGAUGAUAUCUACAAGUGCGUGGUGGACGUUCUGGGACGAGCCGGGAUGCUGAGCGAGGCCGAGGAGUUCAUCUCUGCGAUGAUGCCAUUCGAAGCCGAUAGCUGCACUUGGAUGAGCUUGCUGGGGAGCUGUAGAAGCCAUGGCGAUGUCAGGAGAGGCCAAAAGAUCGCGGCUAUGGAGUUUGAAGCUUGGUCGCCAACUUCUUCCACCUUUGUGCUUCUUUCCAACUUGUGUAUUCCUGGGAAAAGUUUAUAG